AUGGCUGAGUUCCAAAGUAUAAAAAACAACCCAAAUAAGCUUAUUAUUGCUAUAGAGGACCAAGAAAGAGAAAUAGACGCGCUAAAUAAAAAAAUUGAAAAAAUCAAGCAAACUUACAGGAUGAGAUCUGAACAUCUGGAGAGGCUAGAAAGGAAGACGAACUCUUUAAAAGAUGAAAAAAGGCAGCAAGAGGAUACAAUUUCUGGGCUUUUUCAUGAUUUAAACCUGAUUUCUUCAGAUUUUAAGCCAGAUCAUAAUAUUGAAGUUGAAUAUGAAAAUGCAGUAAACUUAAAAUAGACUGAAUUUGUGAAAAAAACUCCAAAAGAAGGCAUAAAAAUGCUGAUUGACGAACUCAAUGCUAUUGAAUCAGCUUUAUCCAAUGAAAGUUAUGUGAAGAGUGUUGAGCUCAAAGAAAAAUACACAUAUUCAGUGGAAUUCAGAGGAGAAAACUGCAUGAUCAGGACAUCAAAUCAAGACUACUCUUUUGAUGAUUUAUGCAAAGAUGCAGCUGUUUAUUUUAAUUUACAGCCUGGCGACUGUUUAUUGAAAGAUGAAAGGGGAGUAAUCUGACCAAAUCAUUCAAGAGUUAUUGAUGAAUAUGAAGGCUCUAAAACAAAGCUAAUUUUAGGACUUAAGCAUGGAAAAGUGUAUAAAAAUCCUGACUCCUCAUCUCAAUCGAGCAAUCGCCAUCGUUUGAUCGAAGAUGAAGCCAACAAAAUUAUUUGAAAAAGAUAUUAUACAUAGUUUUUUAUUAAGCUGAAAUUAUCCACAAGAAUAGCAAUUAUUCUAUAAGUCAUAUUAUAAUUUUGGAGUAGCGAUUAUAUGGUAUAAUAUGAUAUUAAUUAUUUUCAAAGUUAGGAAGUUAGAUUUGAUAUAGAUUUUUAUUUACAUUGUUCAAUCAUGAAUAGGCAAAUUUCUCAUUUCGGAAGGCGUCACUCGAUCAAGAAAUGGGGGAGUGAGGUCUCUCAGAUAGACUGAGAAAAAGUAGCUGCCCAUUCGCUACUGGAAGCUCGCAUUAGAGAAAUGUCUAAAUGAGUCGCUAAUAAAAGCAAAUCUGGGACCAAAAGAGGCACAAAACAAGCUAGUGUUAUUAGAAGGAUUUUUAUGUUUUUAUUUUAUUUAGCAUUUUUAUUCCAAUUACUCUAUAUGAUUUUCGAAUAGUAAAUUUUAUAUAGCUUAUCACUCCAAGACACUUAUGAGCUGAAUACAGGCAUCAACGCAGUUUUCGCCCAAAAUAAUUUCCCAGUUGAUUGCAAUUAUCAGAAUGGCUUAAGCACAACUUAUAACUAUAUAGUAAAACCAGACCAAUUUUUUUGCUGGGUUGACCAAGUGUUUAUUCAAGGGCUCGACAAAGGAGAUGAUAAUAAUUUGUAUGUCAUAAAGUAUAAUCAGGUAGGAGCAAUAAGAUUUAGACAGCUAAGAGUGACAACUAAAUCAUGCUCUUAUAUUGACUAUGAUACAAAGAAAAUAUAUGACAUUGGAGAGGGGGAAUGUAUAGGAGACUACUCGUCUAGUCAUAAAAGUACUGAUUCUUUUGGUAGAAACUUAGACUCAGCAUUUUAUCAAAAUUGCUCAAAUUACCCAACUAGUGAAGACUGCAUAUUUUCGAAAGCGUUUAAAUAUUCUGAUAAUAUUCCUUAUAGCUCCACCUUCCAAGGCAAAAUAUCAGAAUACGACGAAACUGGAUACUAUAUUGAUUCUUCUGAUUAUUGAACUGGCGCACCUGAUAUUGACACAAUUUCUCAUUUAAAUAGCUUUCUUAAAGAAAAUUUAUGGAUAGACAACCAAACUAGGGCCAUUUUUAUUACUUUUACAACUUAUAAUAUUAAUUAUGAUUUUUUUACCACUAGCGUGAUUUUGAUAGAAUUUGGGUCCUCUGGGGUCAUGGUUCCAAGUUCCUAUACAAACUCUAUAUACGUAAGCUAUUAUAAAAAUUCCUGGGAUGAUAUGUGGUCAUCAGUAGGCUCAUUUUUUAAAAAAGUCCCUGAAUUAUAUUGCUAUUCAUAUAAUUUUUUUGCAUUAUUGCCUGUUAUUAUAAAAAAAUUUGUUACGAGGAAAACUGAAGUACUCAAAGAAAUGUGAAUUUAUAUUGAUAUUAUGCUUUUUCUAUUAAUUACAGGAAUUAUGAUUAUAAGAAUAUUGCUGUAUUAUGCUUGCAGUGAUGUAAUAACAUAUGUGAUUUCCCAUUUCUCCAAAAAAGUGAUUGAUCUUACCUAUUCUGCAAGAUUGAUAUCAGUCAUGUGAGCAUUUGAAGGCUUUGCUGCACUAUUUGCGUUUAUGAAAGUCCUUAAUUAUUUUAAAUUCAAUAGUAUGACUAUGAUUUGGGAUACUCUAGGAAGAGGAGCAAAAUCAAUUUUUGCCUUCAUGAUUUACUUUAUUGUACUGCAAGUUUCUUUUUCAAUGAUGGCCUACCAGGUAUAUGGAUAUGCUCUAUACGAUUUUUCCAAAUAUACAUUGAGUCAGAUUAAUAUUUUUAUGAUAGAUCUCGGGAAUCUUAACCUCUAUCCAAAUAUGUCAGAGGUUGAAUCUAUCUUUACGCCAUUAUUUUUUGUAUUUUAUUUUUUCUUUGUGUUUUUUGUGACAAACAACAUCUUCAUAGCAAUUUUGAAUGAAGCCUUUGGCGUUAUUGUAGAGCGUCAAAGGGAACAAAAUGAAAGAGAAUUAAUAGGAAAAUUAAAGACCCGAGUUAUAGAUGAAAUAAAAUUUUUCUGUGAAAAAUGCAAGUAUUGCUGCACACAUUUUAAAAAGAAAAAGAAAAUUGAGAAGAGUAAAGCAUUUAAAGCAUUCACAUAA